AUGGGUAUCACGCUCCACGAAAACAGACCCAUCGAAGUCAACUCGGAUCAAGGCAUCCAGAAAAGGAUAACCACAAACUGUACAGAGCAGCUACCAGACAUGAUGGCUCAACCAGAGGUCACCGUAACCCCAGCGGCCAACAUGAUCAGACUGGGGAGCAGCACGACAUGUGGACCGACCACGUUCAAACCUGACAACUUCAACAAGACGGAUGCUCAAACAGCAGCGAGCCCUAUCCACGCGACCCUGUCCGGAAGCACAAAGCUGCAGCUUCUUGGGCCCCGGCUUGAGGUCACAGGACCAGAGCUGGUCAGCUCCUACCAUACCGAUGCAAGUAAAGCCUGGACUACUCGUGACUCUUCCACCCCGCUAGCGCUCAGUGACACGCAGUUCAAGCGCCCGUCGCCGGAGCAAGUCUCGUCAACCUUCCUUUCUGAGCUCCCGCCCCGCCCUUUAUCCAAACGAUCAUUCUUACAGCAACUGGUCAAUCCAUUUGCACACCCGACACACGCUGCUCACGCCAAUGAGACCGUGUCUCAUGGAAACAAUUUUGGCAAUCCUGACAUCGAAUUGAGUGCACUCGGCCAAGAGAUAAGCCUUCAUGAUGCAGAUCGUUUAAGGUCGCUCAAGUUCUGGGGCUCGAUGUUGAUCGGAGUAGUACUGAGCAUGGCCAUUGGUAUACUCAUCUAUUCUCUUGUGCGUCAGUCUGAAGACGACUUGGGAUAG